AUGGGAGAAAAGAUCACUCUUUCUUUACUUCAUAGCACUCAAGAAAACGAGACUUCUGCUGUGACCUUCAUCCUUGUGGGUUUCUCAGAAUACCCACACCUCCAAGUGCCCCUGUUCCUCCUGUUCCUUACCAUAUACACAGUCACUGUGCUGGGGAACCUGGGCAUGAUUGCUCUCAUCAGGAUCAGCCAUAAGCUCCACACUCCCAUGUACUUUUUUCUAAGUCAUCUUUCCUUUGUGGAUUUCUGUUACUCCACUGUUGUCACACCAAAGCUCUUAGAAAACUUGAUUGUGGAAGACAGAAGGAUCUCCUUCACCGGUUGUGUCAUGCAAUUCUUCUUUGCAUGCAUAUUUGUGGUGACAGAAACUUUUAUGUUGGCAGUGAUGGCCUAUGACAGGUUUGUGGCAGUAUGCAAUCCUCUUCUCUACACAGUGGCUAUGUCUCAGAAGCUCUGCUGGUCCCUGGUAGCUGCAUCAUACUCCUGGAGUAUAAUCUGUUCCUUUAUAUUCAUCCAUUUUAUGUUGACCUUGGUUUUCUGUGGUACCAAGUUCAUAAAUAACUUUGUGUGUGAACACGAUGCCAUUGUUGCUGUUUCCUGCUCUGACCCCUACAUUAGUCAGAAGGUCAUUUUCAUCUUUGCUACUUUCAAUGAGCUAAGCAGUCUGCUGAUCAUUCUCACCUCUUAUGUUUUUAUUGUCAUCACUGUCAUGAAAAUGCCUACCACUGGAGGGCGCUACAAAGUCUUCUCCACCUGUGCCUCCCAUCUCACUACCAUUACCAUUUACCAUAGCAUUAUCAUCUGUCUCUACUGUGUUCCCACCACCAAAAGUUCUUGGCUUCUAAUCAAGGUGGCCUCAGUUUUCUACACAGUUAUCAUUCCCAUGCUGAACCCACUUAUAUACAGUCUCAGAAACAAAGAUGUGAAGGAUGCAGUUAAGAGGCUAAUGAGCUUUUGUUUGUCAUCAUAA